AUGCAAGCGUACGAGCGCGCACCAAAGGCGUGGGAUGUGUUUGCUCGGUACUUUGAGCAGAUGCCACUGGAUCUCUUGCGCCUGGUUGGCGAGCAACUGACGCCUGUGCAGCGAGGGAAACUCUCCCGCGUGCGUGAGAGACGAAGAUGCUUUGCCAAGAGCACAGCUCCUCGCAAACUUUCUGCUGAGGUGCAAAGGCUCGCACAACCGCAGCUGUGGCACAACCUUGUAGCCCGAGCCGAAGGAGAGCAGGACGAGGAAGACGGUGAUACAAUGGAAGUGGAGCGAGAAUGCGAGAGUGACGAUCAUGAUCGAGGUGACUCCAUUCGUGAAGGCAAUGAUCAUAUGGUUGAUGCUAACAAGGGCCAGACUAAGAACGACAUGCAAGGCCAAGAACGCAAUGCGAAAAAAGAACAAGACGGCGACAUGAACACAGCUAAACGGACGACUGAACCCAUGGAUUUCCUACAUACAGGCGGCCCCUUGGGCGCAUUGCACGCCAAGUACUUGGCAGCCAUGGAGCAAGACGUACCACCGAUUGAUGCAGCCACACCACGCGAGCUUGUUGAGUCGUUCCAAGACGUCAUUCUUGCGCAAUUUGUGAUGGGUCGUGUACGUACAAGUCGCAGCACGAGCGCUAACCUGACGACAGCUAGACGAUGCAUUGUCUCUGUAUGCAUGCGAUUUUGA